GGCGGGGGGCUGCCCCCGCAGGCCUCGGGUUUACGCGUGCCGCGGGAAGGGCUAUGAUCGUUCUGGGCUGCGUCUCAGGCGCUCAUUAAAGGUGUAGCCUACCCGGCCAUGGCUCUGAGGGAGCUGAAAGUUUGCCUUCUGGGGGACACUGGUGUGGGCAAAUCAAGUAUUGUGUGGAGAUUUGUGGAAGAUAGCUUUGAUCCCAACAUCAACCCAACAAUAGGAGCCUCAUUUAUGACCAAGACUGUACAGUAUCAAAAUGAGCUGCAUAAAUUUCUAAUUUGGGAUACAGCUGGACAGGAGCGGUUUCGUGCUUUAGCCCCAAUGUAUUACAGAGGGUCAGCAGCAGCCAUUAUAGUGUAUGACAUCACAAAAGAGGAAACUUUCUCAACAUUAAAGAACUGGGUUAAAGAGCUUCGGCAGCAUGGACCACCAAACAUUGUUGUAGCUAUUGCAGGAAAUAAGUGUGAUCUAAAUGACGUAAGAGAAGUCAUGGAAAAAGAUGCUAAAGACUAUGCAGAUUCCAUUCAUGCAAUAUUUGUAGAGACAAGUGCGAAAAAUGCAAUAAACAUUAAUGAACUCUUUAUAGAAAUUAGUCGCAGAAUUCCAUCAACUGACACCAACCCCCCGUCUAGUGGUAAGGGCUUCAAACUUAGAAGACAGCCAUCGGUGACGAAGCGCAGCUGCUGUUGACUGAUCCCUUAGAAAAUCAGACUUGUUUAUACAGUAGGUGGUCUUGGAAGUUAAUAGUUCAUGUUGGGUUUAUAUUAUCAGUCUUAGAUCUUUAUCUGCUGGUGUUCAUACACCCAAGGUCCCACAGAAAUGGACCAGUUCAUCUGACAUCUGUACACUCGCAGAAAAGACUGCAAUCGUAAUGUCAGCCUGUCCACUUACGAAAAGUGUAGUGUAUCUUGCAUUCAAAGGGAAUCCACCAUCACUCUUUUGGCCUUGCUUGAAAGGAAGGUCACUAUAUGGAUGGUAGAACUGAAAUGUUUAAUAGUUUUGUAAUCAAGAAUUUAGGUUUGUGUUUGUGUUUUUUUUUUUAAAGGGAAAUGAGCACUUUUGUGGGACUUAGGGGUAGGAGGAGUCUGGAAGUUAUAUAUCAUUUCUUCUUUUUCUUCAGUGAGCCUUAUUUUAAAUUUAAUUGUAGCUAAUCCAAAGUACGACGGGACAGUUGAUGUGAGGUGGCUACAGAAUAAGCAACUGAAGACAAACAGUAGGCAAAUCAGUCCAUCCAGUCCCCAAAUCCCAUUUGCACUUUUUAUUUAAAGAUUAUAUGCACCAGGGGUGGGGACACAAGCAACAGAUCUUAAAUCACAGACAAUCUUCUUUUCAUGCUGACUUUAAUCACUUUAAGACAAACUGAUAUGCUUACAGCCGUCUUUUUGUUCCUACAAGUUUUUUGAUAUUAAGAUGUUGGUUGAAGAAAACCUAUCUGUAGUUCUGACUAAAUUAAAUGGUUACUGACUAAAAACAGAUGCUGUCAACAGAUGCUGCCAGUAGUUCUGAUAAGACUUAAAAGGUGUUGGGGAAAGGUUUUAAUUGCUUGGCAUGUGUAAAGUAUUCAUAUUAUAUUUAUGAGACCAGUGUUUAAAGUAUUAUAAAUUAUGUAAAAGCAGUAAAAAAUAAUGCAAUCUUAUACACUCCUUCCAUUCCACACCUAUGGAUAAACUCCUGGGGAAUUGCCGUCAGGUUGUUUCUCCUGUAUUUUAGGUAUUGUCACUGUGAGUUCAUCCAGAAGCAGACUGAAAUUCUUUCUUGUUCAGUCUAUUGAAAGGGCCAAUAGAGAAUGCUGUUGGUGCAGCGUGAGGUCUGUCAGUUAAAUAAGUUUUCAACUGUGGUGCACCCAGUCUUUCCUGGUUUGGGCACAAAAAUACGAAUCGGAAGUAACCUUAAGACAUGUGGUAAUGUAGAUCAUUACCUCUUGGUUCCUGGGCUUUUUCAUCUGUGAGGGUUUUU